AUGGGUGAAAUGGAGACCUACCAUGGUUAUGUGCGUACACCCGGAGACGCCAUCAAGCUCUUCGAGGCGUGCAGACUAGGUUUACUGCCUCGAGUGCAGAGGCGAUUAUCAGAGAAGGAGCGGCAGUCCAUUAGAUCGGGUUCGGUCUUCGUGUGGGAUGAGAGGGAGGCCGGCAUGCGCAGAUGGACAGACGGAAAGUCUUGGAGUGCUAGCAGAGUUUCCGGCAGUUUUCUCACAUACAGAGAAAUGGAGGGCAAGCGAGGAACUACGUUUGGUGCUUCACGACGAAGUAACGGAAGGACGCCGGACAGCGCAGGUCGGCUUAGUGACGACGACCCGGACGGCGAGCCCGAAGGUUACCGCUAUAAAGCAGACGGGCUUAUGAAGCAGUCUUUUAGCAUCGCAACCCAACAAGGCCAGCAUCUUCACCUCAUCUCGUACUAUUCUAGACCCCACGCCGGGGCUCCCGAUCUACCGCAACCAAGCACUGAUCCCCAACUUCGACAUAUCGUUCCUGCUAAGGGCAUGUACCCCGAGUCAAGUCUACACGACGCCAACCCACCUGCUUUAACAAGAACACCCAUGCAGUCUUACGCCACCCAUAAUACUGCGCUCGAGCAACCAUCGUACAACGCGUAUGGAGUUCCUUGGGGAUCACCGGCAUGGCAAGGCCCGUGGCCGCCUUCGCCAAACCAAACUCCACCUUGGGCACAGGGAAAGCUCACGCCAGAGAUGAAACCUCAAGUUCGCCCUCAACCACAUCAGCAUCAGCAUCAGCACCAGCACCAGCACCAGCCUGUUCAAAGGCCUCCACAACUUCCUCCACUACCGCCGACCUCUACGCCAUCCACCCAGGCUCCCAUUUACCCUAAGAGUCUUGGUGGUUAUGAGAGCGAUAGGCUACCACCGCCUACUAUUAACAGACCUUACCCGAUGCCCGUACGUGCUCCGAGCACAUCUCCUCAAUCACAGCACCUCCAACUUCAAGCUGUGCAAGCCGCCCAGGCAGCACAGGUUGCACAAGCGGCACAGGCUGCGCAGGCAGUUCAAGCUGUGAUAGAUCCUAGACUAUCUGCUACAAGCGCACGGAAUCCUCAAGGUCCACUUCCUACGAUAUCGUCGGCAUCUAGAGGAUUAACACCCCCGAGAACUCAUUCUGUAUCGCCACCGAGGCUAACAGGUCCUGAGAGUGCGAACGGCAAUGCGAAUAAGGCUAGCUUGUCGGCGCUACUAAACAUGACCCCGGCAAACUCGGAACCGAAUAGCGCGAAUCCUGGUAGCAACAACAGCGCUAAUAGUUCACCCAGAGCUCUCUCGGCGGGGACCGCAGGUGUGCCACCACAACCCGUUGAUAUGUUUAGAAGGGAGGAUAGUAGAGCAAUUCGAUCACUUGAUCGAAAUCUCUGCAUUUGA